AUGCAACAGUCGCAACUAGAUCCUCUACCAAGCGAUCUCCCAUUCCGAAUCGUCUCCAAGACGAUUGGAAGGGGCGCAUAUGCAUCCAUCAAGAAGGCAAUACCCCUGGAUGCACCAUCACCUGUUUUCGCCGUUAAGCUCAUACAUAAGGGCUAUGCGGUCAGGCAGGGCCGCAUCUCGGCAAAGCAGAUUGCGAUGGAGGUGUCGUUGCACUCGCACAUCGGUCAGCACCCAAACAUCAUUGAAUGGUUUGCUACGGGUGAAGAUGCGAUAUGGAGAUGGAUCGCCAUGGAGUUUGCUGAGGGCGGCGACCUCUUCGACAAGAUUGAGGCAGAUGUUGGUGUUCAGGAGGAUAUUGCCCACCUCUACUUUCUACAGCUUAUCGGUGGUGUCAGCUUCAUGCAUUCCAAGGGGGUCGCCCACCGCGAUCUCAAGCCGGAAAACAUCCUCUUGUCGGAAAGUGGCAAUCUAAAGCUCGCAGACUUUGGCAUGGCAACCAUGUUCGAGUACAAGGGGGCGAGAAAGCAAAGUACCACCAUGUGUGGGAGCCCGCCCUACAUUGCCCCUGAGGUAUUGGACUGUGCAAGGCAGGAGAAGAAGCCGGUAGACGGAGCGAAAUACUCAGCCGACUUGGUUGAUAUCUGGUCAUGCGGUGUUAUUCUGUUUGUCCUUUUGGUUGGCAACACACCCUGGGAUGAGCCGACUUCCGGGAGCUGGGAAUUCCAAGAAUAUGUCAAGAACAACGGCCGCAGCACCGAUGCGCUAUGGGGCAGGCUACCCGGCGACGCCUUGUCAUUGCUCCGCGGCAUGAUGAACAUCGAGCCAACCAAGCGGUUUUCGUUUGCCCAAAUCCGCCAGCACCCCUGGUACACCCGCCGCAACUCCCUCCUGACGGCGGAUGGCAAGGUCUCGGACCCCAUCGCUCUCGCGGCGCAGAUGCUCGCUGGCUUACGCAUCGACCUCAACGCCGAACCCACGCCGUCCCAGCGCCAGUCCCAGCCCGAGUUAAUGGAAAUCGACACCGGCCGCGGCCAGGACUGGUCCUCCCGACUCCCCGCCACCCAACCCGAGACCCCCAUCACCGACGCCCUCUUCGACUUCGAGCACCCACCCCCGCGCACGCUCGGCACCUACGCCAUCUCCUCGACCCAACCCCUCGCCAGCUCCGCCCUCGCCGCAUCCACCGCAGCCGCGGGCAAGCCGACCCCAAGCUUCAACGCGGCGCUCGCCGCGCUCGCCGACGAGCCCACCAUGAGCCAGUUCUCGCAAACCCCCGGGGUGCCGCUAUCCCUGACGCAGCACGCGCGCCAGUUCCGCGACAUCGUGCCGGCGUACUCGCUGACGCGCUUCUUCUCGCACGUGCCGCCCGCGCUGCUGGUGCAGAUGCUGCACGACGCCCUGCACCAGCUCAACGUGCCGCAGCCGCUGCGCUCGCCCGCCGCCGCCCUCGCCGCCGCGCCCGACGCCGAGCAUGUCGCUACCCUCAAGGUCCGCACCCUCGACGACCGCCGCCAGGGCCUGCAUGGGGAUGUGCUGGUCGAUCGGAUCCGGCUUGUUGGGGGCGGGGUGGAGGAGGGGGUGGAGUUGUUGGAGGUGCGGUUUGUGAAGGUCAAGGGGGAUCCGUUGGAGUGGAGGCGGUUUUUCAAGAAGGUCGCGUUGCUGUGUCGCGAUGCGGUUUAUAGUGGUGAUGGGGGCGGGGUUGUGGCCGGGAACACGGUUGUGGGUGAAGCGUAG